UCGCCAAAGUCCCCAGGCUAUGAAUUGGUCAAGUAGAUGUGGUAACCAAGUAGCUUGAAUCCUUUAGGCAGCUGAUAAUGUACCUCCCGCCAUCGUCCAUCCUAUCCUCUCUUCCCCGCCCGUGGGCCGCCGACACGGAGGAAGGUUGACCGUCCUGCAAACACAUCACACCACGCCACAUGCAUUUCCCUGCAAGCAUCCGUAAAUACAACAGCGAUGUCUCGAGCAAUAGAUAUGGGCUCGACACAGGCGGCGCUGGAGCAUUAUGUCUACUCUGAAUUGCCAACGGAGAACUCGAUCCGGCUGAUCCAGAUCACCCCGGACGAGUCAAAGAGCCAGGGCUUUACCCUGCAGCUCAAAACGUGUACCUUGGACGAGGCACCUCCAUUCUGGGCCCUCUCGUACACGUGGGGUUCGUCGGACUUCGACGACGGCUCUGACAGUCUCACCACCCCCGAGACUCGAUAUGUCCAGGUUGAAUGUGAAGGCCGAGGUCUCGAGGUCGGCGAGACCCUCUUUGACUUCCUCACCCAGGUCAAAGACGACAUGAUCAACGUUUCAGGGUCACCACCACAGCACCGGACUCCUCCUCGUAAUAAUACAGCCAGCCCCCGGCACCGUCUACUAUUUCCCGCCAACCCCUUGAACCUGUGGGUUGACGCCAUGUGUAUAGACCAGCGCAGCAGCCGCGAAAAGUCCCACCAGGUCCAGCUGAUGGGCCGCAUCUACGAGGCCGCGCGCAACGUCGUCGUCUGGCUCGGCAGCGCGGAGCCCAACGACAACGUCUCCUGGGUCUUCGACACCUUCGUCCCCGUGAUACGGGCCGAGGCCCGGUCGAGCGCCACCGUCGCCCUCCUGCAGGAGAUCGGGCCCGAGCUGGACCACCCGGAGGCCACCCGGCUGCUCGGGAGGGACUUCUGCGACCGCUGGCGCCGCUCGUACCCGGACUACUUUGCCUUCUUCCUCCGAAAGCGCUGGCUCACGCGCGGCUGGGUCGUCCAGGAGGCCGCGCUGCCCGCCCCCGCCGACAUCGUCCUGCAGUGCGGCGGCGCGCAGUUCUCCUGGUCCCGCGCCAACCGCCUCUCGGCCUUCAUCCUCAUGGUCCGCUGGGACGCGGAGCUCAUCGGCCGCCUGGGCCGGCGGUUGCCGGACUGGGAGAGGCGGCCCGGCACCAUCGACCGCCUGUGGAACCCCGUGCAGAACUCGCUGCCCGCGUUCGGCGGCGACACGGUCGGCCGCCGGAUGGCCGAGUGGCAGAGGCAGCGCUGGGGCGCCUCGACGGACGAGGAAAUCCGGCACGCCGAGGUGCUGCACACCUUCCACAGGCUGCGCAUCUACCGCUUCGAGAACCCCGUCGACCACAUCUACGGCGCGCUGGGGCUGGUCGGCCGCAUCCUCGGCCCGCGGUACGAGCUCGGCGUCGUGCCCAGCUACGGCGUGCCCGUCGAGCUUGCGUACACCCGCGUGACGGCCUGGCUGCUCCCGCACUUGCCGAACCUCGACGUCCUGGGGCUGGCGGGCAUCGCGGAGGGCCGUCGCGAGAACCUGCCUUCCUGGGUCCCGGACUUCUCGUUCCACGGGCCGGGCCACUAUGCUUCGCUCCAGAGGCUGAGGCAGCUUGCCAACGGGUGCCGUCCCUUUCACCCCUUCGAUGCAUCCGGCACGCACGUGGCGUCGGGGAGGCACGGGGCGAGUAGUGAAGAGCCUGCCUCCCUCACCCUCCAGGGCGUUCUCAUCGACGAGAUUAGGGAAACGCGGAGCCUCGAGCAGUCCGGGCACGGCGUCAUCACCGACGUCUCGUGGCUGCUUGAUUUUUGCGAACAACGGGGCUUCUACCGGCCCACGGGACAGCGCUUUGCUGAGGUGGCCAUGGCGACGUUGACUGCCGAUCUCGAGCCGGAGCAGGGCUACGGGGAUGACUCCGUGCAGUGGGUGCGGCGGUGUAUCUCCUACAAUGCCGCCACCGGUCAUCAGGGCGGGCCAACAGACCCGGACACGUUUGAUAAGCUGAGGGCGAAAAGCGCACAUCCUGGAGCUGGAGAUCACGAUGACCCGUUCAUCACGCUGGGCGAUGCCCUCGCGAUGUCCGCCACGGAGGACUUUGUGUCGCAACUGACGGACGACCCUGUUUCCAAGAUUGUGCAGUUCAUCACCCCAGGGAGACAGGUGCUGGAAACGAAGGAAGGAUAUCUGGGCCUUGGACCUGCGGCUGCCAUGGCCGGGGACGAGGUCUGGCUCAUCCAGGGGAGCCGGAUGCCGCUGGUGCUGAGGAAGACACCCGCCGGCACGGUAGCCGUUGGCGAUGCGGAGGGAACAGGAGGGGGCACGUAUGCUCUUGUCGGCGAGACAUAUCUCCAUGGUGUCAUGUACGGGUCCAUGAUGACGAAGGAUGUGAUCGACAGCUUUCGACCGGUUGUCCUUUGCUAGAUCGACCGCGUAUUUACCGGUCCCAGAAAGUGCCGAGGUACGGCUUACAUUGCAGCAAGGUUCUGCGUGGCCACUCCAGCAUUAUAGCAGAUUCUCUUGGCGUCUGGAUGGGAAGUGAAAUAACGCUGGAGUGAAUUGCUGUAGUGGCCAUAGGUUGUGGGUGCCAAGUAUAGCAUGUAACUGACGCCAAGGGCUUGCGUCUCCAUUUCUUCAAGUUCUGAGAUACUAGACUAGAUGCUUAAGAAUGCAGUGCAGGGUAAAGUGUGUAACACAAAAGGGAAUGCCGAGGUUUCGGAGCACCAUACUUAGUCACGGUGUGCUCGUAGCUGGAUGAGCUCUUACUAGAGCAGACCCAGGAUUCAUUAUAAAGGGGUUGCAAGACCUGCCAUACCCUGUCUACAUUUGA